CGGUGGUCUACAUUGGACGUGCCAUCGCCACAGUGAAGGCCGCGCAAUGGGAAAAGCAGCUCCCUCGGUCAUUGAUCACUGAGCAUACCGAGCUCUUGCAGACUGUGCUUCCCGAGGACCAGCACGACUUUGACAAGGCCAUAUUUCAAAUCCGAACCAACGUCAGCGAGUGGCUUUGGUUGAAUGUCCUGACCCAGAAAGACGUAGAAGAUGCCGUGGAUUCACUCGGAAACUACUUUCUUCUUCGAAACGGGGAGUUCGCACAGGCUCUCAUUCAAGAAAUCGAGCGAUUGAAGCUGUCUCGAUUGACUGUUCGUGCAGGUUCAGCGGCGAUCAUUCGAGACCAAGAUCUCAACGUGGCUCUACUUCGAGCCUCGCUAGGGACCACCGCCCAGCACGACCCGACGCUAUCCUUACUCCGGUUCUCCUUGCCCUCUGGGCCAAUUCGCCCUCUCCUGCCGUCUCUGAGUCACACUCAAUACCCCAAAACGGCUGACUUGUCUGCUUCCAUGACCGUGGAGGCGUCUCAAUUCAGUGCUCAUUUACUGGGAACCACGCCUUUGACUCUGUCUUACAAAGUGUCCUGGCCAUUAGACUUGUUUCUGCACAAGUCUGACCUCGCAAUAUACGCCAACCUCUUUUCGUAUCUCUCUGCUCUGCGGAAAACUCAUACUCGAAUUCACAACUGCUGGUCCUCUCUAUCCAACGCACAACGGGCUCGAAGACGAUGGACAGGCCUGGGCGAGGGCGGCACGGUCGAGGAUCUACAAGUGCGUCAAACGCUGCUGCGCUGUGGGUGGGGUCUAGUUCGGGAUAUGGGGUGGUUUCUCGAUACACUGCUGAGCUACCUCAUGGUCGAUGUCGUGGACGUCGAGUUUUCGAGGUUGAAAGAAAUGCUAGCAAGAGGCCGGGUUCUGCCAACAUCAGCCAGCUUGGCUUCCCUGCCCUCAGCGCAGCUAGCGACAGCGACGAGUGCUGCUUCAGUUGCGUCGAACGGGCAAACCCUCGAUUUCACCACGCUGCGAAACAUGCAUUCGGACUAUCUGGACCGCUUGAUGACAGGGUGUCUGCUCACGAAUACCCUUCUCACCUCCUUGCUAUUGCCUAUCCUCGAGGUCUGCGAAAGAUUCGGGGCGCAGGUCGAACGUUGGAACGGCGAUGUUCUACCCGCACUUCUUUUCGAAGGAAGUCUGAGAGAGGGCCACGAUGAAGUCGGGGCUCUAGUCCGAGAACGACAAAGUGUGGUCGCGGAGAUCAACGAUACUUUCCAGGAUCUACUAGAGUCCUUCUAUGAACAGCUCUCCAUGUCCACAUCGCAGCAGGCAUUCACGGCAACUGGGACGGAUGCGACAAAGUCAGUCCUCCUGAACUCCAGUAUGGCCAACCAGACGAUGUUCAACGCGUCGAAGGCGCUGAAGGGUCCGGACGGAGGGGUGCGGAGACAUGUGGAACGGUUACUGCUGAGACUAGACUUCAAUAAGGAAUUUUCCAAAGGCCGGCGACGAAGGCAACUGAAGCAGGGAAUUCUAGCCGAAGGCGGUUUAGCUUAGAAUCACAUUAUAGAUGGUUAUUAGUGCAGCCAUCGCGAGAGUGACGCGAGCGACGCGACAAGAAACUUUCGACAUUUGUGUCUUCGCUUAUUUAGUUCUUGUUUGGUGCGA